GAAGAAGAAGACUGCAAAGCUGUUCAGCUAUGUAUGCUCUUCUAGCGGUUUAAUGAAGUGUACAUUUGUUUGUUAUUGUAAAUCCGCUGGAUACUAUGAGUAGCAGUUAUUAUUUUGCCAUUGUUGGUCAUAACGAUAAUCCUAUAUUUGAAAUGGAAUUCGUUAACGCCAAUAAAGAAGCAAAGAAGGAGGACCAUAGACAUUUGAACCAGUUUAUCGCACACGCUGCUCUUGAUCUAAUCGAUGAGCAUAAAUGGAAGACCAAUAAUACUUAUUUGAAAUCAAUUGACAAAUUUAACCAAUGGUUCGUUUCUGGUUUUGUUACCGCAUCUCAUUUACGUUUUGUAAUGGUACAUGAUAAUCGAAACGACGAGGGCAUCAAGAACUUCUUCAAUGAGAUGCACGAGACGUAUAUCAAACAUUUGAUGAACCCAUUCUAUACACAAAACACUCUUAUAAAAUCAGCUGCAUUCGAGAAAAAAGCUCAAUUCUAUGGUCGAAAGUUCCUCGGAUCAUAGAACAACACUUCAAUGUUACAGAGCGAUUUAUAUUAAAUUUGUUUGUAGAUGUUGCGUUGCCCAAUAUACAAGAGAGGUAUAUAAAACCAAAUAAA